GGCGCCUAUGUAUGACGUGGAAUUUUCCAAUUAAUUUUUUUGUAUUUUUUCGGCCUUCGCUCAUCUUUUUUCAACGCAUUCUUAAUUUCGGAUGUAUUUCCACCAACAUUUUUAACAAAAAUACCCUAAAAGUAUGGGGAGAAUUUAAUCUCUUUCUAUCAGUUGUGGCCAUUUCGGCACAGACCAUUCACUAAAUUAAUUAAAUUUUCUUUUCCAGAUAUUAAUUAAUGACAACAACAGAAGGGGAAUUAAUUAAUUAUAAUGGAAUCGAUAGCGGUGUAGGGGGAAGUGGAGAAUCUUCUGGCGAUCAGAAAACUUCCCCGACAACCAAAUCUAUUUCAGAAAUUAAUCAAAAUAAUUUCAAUAAUUGGGCGUUUUCAACAUCUGCUGCUUCCCCUUCCUCUUCUUUUUCUUCCCCUUCCACCGGAAUGCUUGCCAAUGUUGUGGGCUAUGCCCGCUCUCGACUCUUUAAAAAUGCCAACGAUGGAUUACUAAUGCCUGGGGAAAAGGCUAUUAAUGACGAGCAGACUUCAUUUCACCAUUCUUCUUUCACUUCUAUUCCAACAAAUUCAAAAGAUUUAAAUUUACAACAGCAAACUUUAGCCUUUGCGCAGCCUUUAAAAAAUAAAGUUUUUGAAGAAGAAAAAAAUAAAAUUAAAAAUAAAAGCUGUCCGGUACAAAGAAAACAAUUAUUUAGCUUAACUAAUGAACAACUUAAAGAACAAAAAAAUAAAAAAUGUUUUUCUCAACCUUUUUGUAAAGAACGCCUUUCCCCUUCCAUCGGCUCUCGCGACAGUGUAAUAAUAGAAAAUUCAUUAUCAAACAACAAUUCAAUAUAUUCAUCUAAAACAAGUUUUUAUAACGGAGAUUAUUGUAAAUCCAUAAACGAAAAUAAAAAAGAAGAAGAAUAUUGGCAAUUAUUUGCUGUGUCUUUGCAUAAAGUAGGUUGUUUUUAA